AUGUCCCACAAAACAUACGACGAGCAAUUUAAAGCCACCCAGGAAAUCCUAGACGAGACCCUUCAACUAGAGCCGGUGCAAGCAGAUCGGCGAGAAGACCGCAACUUGCUGGCCACCCUGUACGUACGUUAUAUUCUGAUCGUCAACAAGUUAUCUGCUUGCGUGGAUCAGAUGGUGCAGCCGCAGAAACGAAAACUGAUCAAGAAGCUGCUGGAAGCAGCCCUCGGGAGACUGCUGGAGCUGAAGUCGGACCUCGUGGAGGCUGACCUAAACGAGUACACCCAUUGCGGCGAUGUCAUCGAGAUGCUCAACCUCACUCCUCUGGACGCUGAACUCCUAACCCCUUCCUGCUUCAGGAAGGAGCGUAGAGUAGACUUGGAGUACAAGAAAAGACUCAUUGAUAGCGUCCUGGCCAAGCUGGGCUUCAUCGACAAGGAGACAGAGAAAACCCCCAUGACGGAACAACAAGCCAUCUUGAUCAUCCAGACCCACGAAAGGGCAAGGCAGGGAAGGCUCCGCGCCCAGUUCAUGAAGGAGAUAAAGAGCAUGAAGGACAAGAGCAAACCAGUCCAAGGGGAUGAUGUGGUGGAAGGGGAGGACGGAAGAGCGGGAGGGAUCAGCUUGUCGGCGGCACUGAAGAUCCAGAAGAUCUGGAGGGGGUACGUCGCGAGGAGGGGUACUCGAAGGAGGAAACUGCAAGAGAUGCUGCUCAUAGGGAUGAUACCCCCUCCGAAAGCUAAGAGCGAGGAGAUCGAGAAGGAUUUGCAGAAUAAGCAGUACAGGUGGAAAUUGCAAGAACAGAGACAGAUCGAGUAUGAAGAAGCUAUCAAAAACUGCAGAAACAACUUAGAGAAACAUCAACGCGGGCCUGUGUUAGAACAACUAAGUGACCAGGUCAGACUUUGGCUGCAGGAGUACAAAACUCAAACCGGAAAGAUUCCAGAGUACACAGGAGAAGAAAGAAGUACCUCGAGAUUGAUGCUGAGUAGACAAGGAACUGACAGCGAAUUGAGCAAAUCGACCCAGAUCUCCUCCAAAGAAUCAAAAACAAAAAAGGAUAAGGCCGCUAAAGCCAAGGAGAGUAAAACAAACGCAAUCGAGGAAGAACAGCUGACCACCAAAGCAGUCGUAUCCACUUUCGUUCCUGAGCUGAAUCUGAGAAAGGAAGAAUACGACGAAAUUUGGAAAAACAAAGACGAAACCGACAAUUUCCGUCAGUAUCACUGCAAGAGCAUCAUAGAACAAGAACAAAUGGCCGAAAUGGAAAACGAGUUGAGGAAAGUUGUAGACGAAAUGAUGAGAGCUGAAUUGGAGUUGCUACAGGAAGCAUUUGAGAAAGACAGAGGCCACAAAGGCAAGAAAAAAUCGAGCAAGAAAGCCAGAAGGGGCGGAAAGAAGAGUAAAAAGAAGAAAGAGAAAGAUCUAACACCAGAUAGAACUACAGAAUCUCUUUUCGAAGAGCUCGUCGCGAAUGGGAUAAUAAAAAAAUAUCCAGAGACUUAUCUUCCAGAAUUCAGAGGAGAGGCCUCUUACUUUCCACCAGCACCUUUCAACAUCGGCAAAGACCCACCAAUAUUUGUAGGCGACGUUCGGAAAGUUGUUCAAGAGUUCUGUAUCAUACCAAUGCUGACACCAAACUUACAUCAGGCCACCCCACACAUCAAAUCUGUACUUCUAGCUGGAUACAGAGGAAGUGGAAAGGAUAUGCUAGUUCACGCCGUCUGUACUGAAGUUGGAGCGGUACUAUUUGACCUAACACCCUCCAAUAUUGUCGGAAAGUACCCUGGAAAAUCCGGACUAAUCAUGCUCAUCCACUUGGUUUUGAAGGUUUCCCGACUGAUGCAACCUUCUGUCAUCUAUAUGGAUUGCGCUGAGAGACCUUUCGUCAAAAAAAUUCCCAAAACUGACAAGAGCGACCCGAAAAGGCUCAAAAAGGAUUUGCCAAAAAUUAUCAAAAAUUUUAGCCCAGAAGACAGGGUUCUUCUCAUCGGCACCACGAAUUGUCCUUGGGAUUGCGAUCAGAAACUAUUGCAGCAGGUCUACCAGAAGUACCUAAUCAUUCCGCGGCCCAACUACAGUUCCAGAUACAGUAUUUGGGCCAAUCUUCUCAGUCAAUACAUGGCAAUCAACUGGCAGUUUGAUAUUGGACUUAUGAGUAAAAUUUCCGAUGGUUAUACAAUUGGUUCCAUAAUCAGCACCGUUAACGAAGUAAUGACCGUCAAAAGGAUGCUUCAGUUAAGGAUUCAUCCCUUAAGCCCCUUGGAGCUGGUCAACGUUCUCUGUCAAAAGACGCCGAUAUAUAAAGAAGAAGAGGAAGCCAUGGAACAGUGGUGGAGCAAGUGGAUUUAA